AAAGGUUUGGACUCUAACUUUAUGCUUCUUCUACUCAUAGUAAGUAUAAAACAGAAGACACAGUUCAAACCGAGAGAGGAGGAACAAAGAGAAACAUGACAUUUGACUGGAAGAAUCUUUACUGUGUUUUGUUGGCGGCUCUGAUGGGUGCACCAUGUUCUCAGGCCUGGGUGCAGAUUACCUGGGCAGGUGUAGUGACAGCUGGUUUCAGUACCACUUUCACCUGUUCAUCUUCAUGCCUCUCAAACUGCGCCUUUACCUGGUCUUUAAACGGCCGGGACAUCAUGGGAAACACAUUAACCUGGACCCCAGAUGGACUGGAGAAUAGCGUGGACAUACAGUGUGCUGUGUUUAAUCCAGAAACAGGAGUCUCCACCAGAACAACCACUAUUGUAGAAAUAAGGAAUCCACUGUCGGUGCAAAUCAGUCCACCCAAAAAUGUCCCGUCUCUCAACAAGUCUUUGGAUCUCGUCUGCCAUGACGCAACAUCAAGGGACCCUUCAGGCCCCUCACAUUGGAUGGACCAGGUGGUUUUCUGGUACAAAGAUGGGCAGAAAGUGACCCUGCGGGAUUAUGUGCAGCAGCUGCAAAACAACUUCACUCUUCACUUUGACUCCUUGCUGCCCUCCGAUUCUGGAUUCUACCACUGUGAGAUUUCUGGACAAAAGGCAAGAGUUUUCAGCAGCGGCUAUCAACUCAGCUUUGAUCCAUGGAACGUCAGCAUCAGCGGGCCCGACGCUGUGUUUCCUGGCAGACAGAGUACAUUCAUCUGCUUGACAAGUUGCACCAUAAAUGUGGACUGCACUGUAAAAUGGCAGUUCAAGGAUGGUUUCCCCAUCGGACAGUACUUAUCAGUCCAUGAAAAUGAGCUCAAAUGGACCCCUUCCAUACCGGGUACUUUUCAAAUCUUCACUUGUGUUGCUGAAAAUGCAGCUGUUGGACGUUCUGCUGAGGCCACCAAGAUGGUAGAAGUUAAAGGUAUCCCUCUCUCUGGAUCAGAGUCUGUGCGAUUUAAAGGACUUUUUCCAAUGAUCCUCUGCCUGGGACUGCUGGCGAUUUUUGAUUCAGCCGUUAAUUGUUGAAGCUCAAAUAUGUAUACACGCCCUUUUCACAUGUGUGGGUUUCAUAUUUUUGUAAUAAUAUUUCAGGUAGAAUAAUUUGUUGUCCCUUUCGACCCUUUUAAGGUUUAAACACACUGAUUCAAGGAUGGAAGGGACAACGGAAGGAAGGGACCCCCCCUUCCUGUAUAUUUGAUUUAUACUUGUUUUAAUAAACAAGCACAGCUGUCAGUUUACAAAAUGAGUCUUGAAGAAGUGAAAUGUAUCUGAAACAUAAUUACUCAAUAAAAAGUUACUUGAGCAAA